GCCAAGGGACCCACUCCACGAUGAAAAUUGAUAUCCACAGCCACAUACUUCCAAAGACAUGGCCUGACCUUAAAGAGAGAUAUGGAUAUGAGGGUUGGAUCCAGCUGCAUCAUCAUUGCCAGGGAGAAGCAAAAAUGGUGAAGGAUGGAAAUGUUUUUCGCAUUGUUCAAGCCAAUUGUUGGGACCCUGAAGUGAGAUUAAAGGAGAUGGAUCAAACAGGGGUGACUGUUCAGGCCCUCUCUACAGUUCCUGUGAUGUUCAGCUACUGGGCAAAACCACAGGACACUCUGGACUUCGCCCGUUUUUUAAAUGAUGACUUAGCUGCCACUGUUAAAAAGCAUCCAAAAAGAUUUGUGGGCCUUGGCACCAUCCCCAUGCAGUGCCCAGAGCUUGCCGUACAGGAGAUGCGUCGCUGCGUUAAGGAGCUUGGAUUCCCAGGGGUACAGAUUGGAUCUCAUAUUAACCAGUGGGACCUCAACUCUCCCGAACUCCACCCUGUCUAUACAGCUGCUGAGGACCUUAACUGCUCUAUCUUUGUGCACCCUUGGGACAUGGAACUGGGUGGGAGAAUGUCCAAAUACUGGCUGCCCUGGCUUGUAGGCAUGCCAGCUGAAACCACGACUGCCAUUUGCUGUAUGGUUCUAGGAGGAAUAUUCGAAAAAUUUCCAAAGCUUAAAGUUUGUUUUGCACAUGGAGGAGGUGCCUUUCCAUACACAGUUGGUCGUAUUGAUCAUGGUUUUAAAGUCCGUCCAGAUCUGUGUGCCGUUGAUAAUACAACUGACCCAUAUUCAUACCUUGGCAAAUUUUAUACAGAUUCCUUGGUCCAUGACCCACUUGCAUUGAAACUUCUGGUUGAUGUAAUUGGAAAGGACAAGGUGGUUUUGGGAAGUGACUACCCUUUUCCAUUAGGAGAACAUAUACCUGGACAACUAAUUGAAUCUAUGGAAGAUUUUGAUAAGAAACUAAAGGAGAAGCUAUUGACUGGAAAUGCAUUGACUUUUCUGGGACUGGACAGAACACAGUUUGAAUAAUUGCACAAAAGAGUUCUAUGGAAAUAUUCAUCAUUAGCAGACAUAUAUUUAAGUAAAUAAAUACUGUACUGUAUAUAUAUAUGUAUAGUAUAUAUACUAUGACCACCUUUCUAUUGUUCUGAUCUUUUCGCAAAAUAGCCUCAGCGACUGGAACUGCAAAAAGUGAAGAAGAGCUGCACCUCUUCACUUCUAAUCUGCCAAUGCAUCGCCUACUAGCAGAUAUACUGUGCAUUGCCAUAUAAGUUUCUUUUAAAAAGGGACUAUCUCUUUAGCGACCAAUAUCCACAGUACACAGAUAUUGUUCACGAACAGUGGGUUAACAUACAGGUACUGAAAACCAUAUAAAACUUUGUUUUGUUUGAUUUUAUCUGUACGUGUAUGGCUAGCUUCAAAAAUGCAGUCAUUAGGUUCAGUGUCGUGCUCUGAGAAAAAUGAAAUGCAAAUUGCUCAGCCCUGUUGCCAAAAAGUGAAAAUA